AUGGCAUCUGAUCCGAAGGUGGAUAAAGAUGCUGAAGGUGUUAGAUGCUACUGCAAUACAGCCCAGUGUGUCAGUACAGGCUACAUGUGCCGGUCGAGGAAGGGUGGGGGUUGCUAUAGUGAACUUCCACCUCGAAGACAUCACUCAAAGCAUGGUUGUCUUCAUCAUUUAGCUGAAAGAGAAGAAGAUGCGCUAUCACACUGCCAGAAUGCUCCCUCUUCGGGAGGUCCACCUCCACGGGAGUACUCCUUGCUUCUCUGCUGUUUUAAGGAUCUCUGCAAUCACGAAGACAGCCCGCUGGCCAGAGCGCGACUUAAUUUAACCGCCACUGAUUCAGAAGGUAACGCGGUUGCGAGCGAAAGAGGCGCCAGUUACAACGGUGAGGUGUGGUUCAAAGCAGCGACCAUAGCGGUGCCUGUUUGUGGGGCUCUCAUACUAUUCCUUCUGGUGGCUGUAGCCGUCAGGUUACUGAGGGCUGACGCGCUUCUACACGCUGAUAGAAAACUUAGAGGUGGGUACAUAACACCACCGCAGCACAGCACAGAAGACGUCAAGAAAGUGUGGGUGGGGAACUCCGCGCCGCUCCUAGUCGCUCCCGGGGGAUGCUUGGUCGCCGUUGAGCGGGCACAACUAGUCGACGUGCCACAACUCUGUGAUAUUCAACGAUAG